UUUAACAUUUUAUCAAAAUAUUAUUACAUUUUCUGCAAUAGGUAGCACCUGUCUGCACCUGUACACUCUGCAUUUUACACAUCAGCCCCUAAUUCAUAUUAUAGGUUUGGGGCAGUUACCUGAUAGUGCUUAUAAGAUGUUAAUGACCAAUUAACAAUUAAAGAAAUAAUUUUUCUAUAUUUUUCGGACAGUUCAGUCCUGUUCUCUGUUGUAUGGAGAAAACUCAUGUUAAACAUGUUUAAGGUGUUGUCUAAAUUAAUACUACAAAUCAAUUUUUAAGUAAAUGUAUCCCUUAUUGAUUUCUAAUACAGUUGAAAAUGCUAGCUACAAAUCAGAAAAGUACUAACUUGACCUACCACUAACUUGCAUCCUAAUGUGAUAAAUUAACACUGACAUUAGAUUUUACAAGUUUAUUAACCAAUACUAUGGUAAUAUUGAUAUUAGCUCUUAUGGUGUGGUAUUUUUACAUAUGGCCCAUCCCCAAUUGACAGGGUUAGCCUGAAUCUCAAAUGAAAUUGUAGUUGACAAUAAAGUUUGCUAUGUCAAAUCUUAGUUUGGAAAUAAGUUUCUGCUUCAAAUCAAGUCAAAACAUCAACACAUCCUACAGUAUGAUGAAAUGAGAGUCAAGAAGUGACAGGCAAUUCUGCCAGAUGAGACCGCCCUGCUGUCCCACUCUGGCACAGUGUGUAUCUCCCCUCUGCUUGGUCAUGUGUUUAUAUACAGUAAACAGUAGGUGGAGGAGCCUGGUGUGCACUGGACCAGGCAGAUAAGCAUUACUGCUGUGCACGCCCCCUUAUGCAUAAACAAGAUGAACUCAUUUUUGCUUUGGAGUGAACAGGAUCAUGAUCAGUACAGCUCUGGGUGCUUAAUAUCGCACUUGAAGUGGUUUUAUACAGAAAAAUGGACCUAGGAGAAAAAAACAUCGUUGAAAUGAUAGCAAAAGUAAUUGAAGAAGCUUCUGACACAGAUAAUAACUGUGAAGUGUUGAUGGCUGGUAAACAAUAUCCGUCCAUCCAAGAGUUUGCCUCAGCAAUCCCCAACCACCUUCUCCUGGGGUCCCUGCUGGAGCACCUGUGCUUCGUCUAUGAGAGCAACCCAGCACGCUCUCGUAUGCUGUUUAAAGUCAUUGGCCAGCGUUUAGCUGCUAUGAACCUCCUCUCACCUCUGGCUGUAAGUGAUGAGUUCAGCACCGUCAGACUCCAGCACAACCGGGCCUUCACUGAGCUGCUACAUGCUGCCAGCUCCUCACUGUAUCCACAGGGCCAGCAACUUCACGGCACCAACGCACACAAUUUUGCUGUAAGGCCUAUAGAGGGACUGUUCCAAGCGCAGACGUCACGUUAUCUUAGUGAGUUUGAAGAAAUCUGCAGACUUGGAAAAGGAUCAUAUGGAAAUGUUUUUAAGGUUAUGAACAAACUGGAUGGACAGUGUUAUGCCGUGAAGAAAAUUCUCAUCAAAAAAGUCUCAAAGGAUGAUUGCAUAAAGGUCCUCAGGGAAGUCAAAGUGUUGUCCAGCCUGCAGCAUGUUAACGUGGUGGGCUAUCACACUGCAUGGAUGGAACAUGUUCAGCCUGCAGCACAGCCUGAAUCUCUCCUGCCUGCACUAGAAUCACCUGGACUACAAGACAGUUCUGAUGAGAGCCAUAACAGCAGCGACACAAGCUCCUCUAUAGUUUUUCAAAGCCUCGGUCAAGCACAAACAGACACAAUUGCCGCAGUUCCUCCAAGAGAGACCGAGCCUGUUACAGCCUUAGUCCCUGCACAAGAGAAGGGCCAGGUGGUGUGUCCGAAGACCAUGCGCCACCUUCCAGAGAACUACGUUCCCUGUGUGUUCCUGGGAAAGCAAGGUCCCAAGAUAAGCUCCAAAUGUCCUGCAAUGAAUUUGGACACUUCAGCACUGAUAGAAGAGGAGUCCAGCAGGAGCAGCAUCGAGCUGAACAACAACUCCUGCAUUGACAAGGAGUAUUGGCAGUGGGCUGGCACACCCAUAGCAAAGCCUGCUAAAGAGGUUCAGUUCCACCUGAUGCUCUAUAUUCAGAUGCAGCUGUGUGAACGCUCGCUGAAGGACUGGAUCUCUGAGAGGAACAACAAGCCCAAAGAGGAACAACCAUCAAGAUGUCCUUAUGGAUGUGUUAAUAAAGAACACACUGUCAGCCUGCUGAGGAACAUACUUGAAGGAGUGGAGUACAUUCACUCUAGAGGAAUCAUGCACAGAGACCUGAAGCCGAGAAACAUUUUCCUCCACGGUCAUGACUGCCACGUUCGGAUCGGGGACUUUGGUUUGGCCUGCAGGGACAUAGUGGCUGGCCAUAAAAACACCACCUCUCCAAACAGCGAUUCUUCACAUACUACAGGUGUCGGCACAUUUGUGUAUGCUGCACCGGAACAGCUGAAGGGCUCCCAUUAUGAUUCAAAGUCAGACAUGUACAGCAUCGGAGUGCUGGCUCUAGAGCUAUUCCAGCCCUUCGGGACAGAGAUGGAGCGGGUCCGGACCCUUGGGGACCUGAGAGAGGGAAAAAUCCCAGACUCGUUCUGCCAAAGAUGGCCAGUCAUGGCCAAAUAUAUCAUGAAGCUGACUAGUAAAGAUCCCAGUGUUCGUCCCACAGCCAGCCAGCUUUUAGAGAGUGAACUCUUCUGCAGUAAAGACAUGGUAUGGAGGGAUGUGAUCCAUGGUUUGCAGAGAAAGGUUGAAGAACAGGAGGAAGAGAUCAUACAGCUGAGAAGACAGAUCAGUCAGCUCCAGACCUCACAAGUCACAGAUCAUUUCUCUGAGUCAGACAAGAUCUGAGCCUUAAAAAUCUCCACAAUCCAGAGACUGUCAAAACUUGGAUUUAUUCAACCACUGCUGUAUUAUGUUUUGAUGACUUGGUACAAGUGGUAGGGUGUCUGCGUGUGUGUGUGUGUGAGCAUUUGAGUGUGUCUUGUGCACCUGGAUGUAAAGGUGCAAUUAUUUAUCUUUAUUCAGCUAUUCAAUAAAGUGUAUUUCUGCUAUGA